AUGCCUUCUUCAGACCCAUACCACCAUCACUCCAAGCCGCCCGAUUCCCACGUCGAUGAAUCCGACUCCGACUUGGAGAUAGACCUCGAAGAACUCGACCCCCAGGCAACCGACAAGAACCACCACCACCACCAGUCCGGGAAGAAAGGCUCGUCGGGGCAACACCACCACAGCCGCAACUCGUCCGAACAACGCCCCCAUCCUCCAAGUAUAGCUCUUCGCAAUCUUCGCAUGGGUGGUCUACGCCGCGGCGCCAAACGCAAUGGAUAUGGCGAGCUAGGCCGUAGCCGAGACGGAAACGACGAGGACGCCGACGCUCUGCUCCGUGAUGACAAUGGCAACCACGGUCGCCAUUCGGUUGGUAGUGCCACCCACGACGAGGAUGCCGGCCUUCUCAGCGAACAUGGCGGCAGCGGCCGGAUGCGCACCAGCAGCGGGAGACGACGGAGGUCAUUCGCCAGUGACGGUCUACGAAACAUCUCGAUGAAGCUACCGAGCUUCAUGGCAGGCAACUCGGGCGACCAGAGCAACCAUAACGAGGAACAGGAACAGGAGGAGGACGACCCCUCAUCGUCACGAUUAGUUGCUGUUGGCUCAUCGCAGUCUACCCGAUUCCCACCCAACAUCAUAUCCAACGCAAAGUACACGGCAUGGAGUUUUCUGCCAGUCACUCUAUACAACGAGUUCUCCUUCUUCUUCAACAUGUAUUUCCUUCUGGUGGCCCUUUCACAGGCCAUCCCCGCACUACGGAUCGGCUAUCUCUCCACCUACGUUGCACCCUUGGCAUUCGUCCUGUUCAUCACCCUGGCAAAGGAGGCUUACGACGAUAUCGAGAGGAGGAGGAGAGAUAACGAGGCGAAUUCCGAAGAGUACACGGUUGUGCAGUUUGAGGAUCCAGGGGCAAGCUUGGGGAUAAACCGGCCCAGGAGGAAGAUGAAAUCGUCGCAUACACGAAAGGGCUCCAAACGUCUUGGCGUGGAAGUGGAAACUGACCGGUUGUCGGAUAUCCAGGAGGAGGAGGAACAGGCUGAAGGUCAGGGUCUUCGCAAACUACCGGCAUCCUACGUUUCGGAAAUCAGCAAAAAAUCAAAGGACCUCAAGGUCGGUGAUGUCUUGAAGCUUACCAAGGGCCAUCGUGUUCCGGCAGAUGUCAUCAUUCUCAAGUGUUUGGCUCAUGAGUCAGCCGCCAAUAAGGAGGCCGAGGAGGAUGCACCGGUGAAAGAGGAGGUACUGCUGCUGGACCAUAUCGAUAAUGACGAUGCUGGGGAGGGCAGUUCCAAGAACGCGGAAACGUCUACGGAAAACGACAAUAGCGGCGGCGAGGGAAGCUCUAGCGGCGAGACAUUCAUCCGGACUGAUCAACUGGAUGGUGAAACUGAUUGGAAGCUGCGAUUGGCAUCCCCGUUAUCUCAGAACCUCGGACUGGAGGAGUUGGUCCGUCUUCGUGUUACGGCCGGAAAGCCUGACAAGAGGGUCAACGAGUUCGUCGGGACAUUGGAACUUCUUCCUUCGCGACAGGAUGUUACCAGCGGUGCCUCUUACAACCCUAGGGAAGGCGACGAUGUCAAGGCAGCGCCACUUUCGAUUGACAACACAGCCUGGGCAAAUACCGUCAUCGCAUCGAAUGCAACAACCCUCGCCGUGAUUAUAUAUACCGGACCCCAAACCCGCUCAGCUCUGUCCACAUCACCUUCGCGGUCAAAGACCGGUCUUCUGGAGUACGAAAUCAACUCACUCACCAAAAUUCUCUGUUUCCUGACGUUGUUCCUCUCGAUUGUUCUUGUUGCGCUGGAAGGCUUCAGCACAGCCAAGGGAAACGUCUGGUACGUUAAGAUCAUGAGAUUCCUGGUAUUGUUUUCCACCAUUGUUCCCAUCAGUCUCCGUGUCAACUUGGAUCUCGGCAAGUCUGUCUACUCAUGGUUUAUCCAAAGAGAUCCCGGCAUCCCCGGGGCUGUCGUGCGAACCAGUACGAUUCCAGAGGAUUUGGGACGGAUAGAGUAUCUGCUGAGCGACAAGACGGGCACUCUAACCCAAAAUGAAAUGGAGAUGAAGAAGAUCCAUGUCGGAACUGUCUCGUAUGCCAACGAAGCGAUGGACGAGGUUGCCACCUACGUGAAGCAAGGGUUCAACCUGAGCUCAUCAGCCUCUUCUGCAAGCUUGGCUUUAGCAACCCCGUCUUCGACAUACUCUGCCGCCAACGUGGGUGCUACGAGGACACGCCGUGAGAUUGGGUCGCGCGUCCGCGAUGUCGUCCUAGCUCUUGCCCUCUGCCACAACGUUACCCCGACCUCAGAAGAAGACGAGAACGGUCAAACGGUGAACUCAUAUCAAGCCAGCUCGCCUGACGAGAUUGCCAUUGUCAAAUGGACUGAAUCCGUAGGCCUGCGUCUGGCUCACCGCGAUCGCAAGAACAUUGUCCUCGAAUCCGCCGAAACCGGCCGGCCAGUGGUCAAGUUCUACGAGAAACUCCAGCCCGGAAAUCCCAGCCUCGGAAGCAGUGAGAUCUGGUUCUAUCAAAAGGGUGCGGACACCGUCAUGAGUUCCAUCGUGGCCGCCAAUGACUGGCUCGACGAGGAGACGGCCAACAUGGCGCGCGAAGGUCUCCGCACGCUUGUAGUCGGUAGGAAGCGUCUAUCUCUGAAGGAAUAUCAGGAGUUUUCCGCCAAGCACCACGAGGCGUCGCUCGCCAUCAGCGGGCGCGAAGCCAACAUGCAAGCUGUCGUGUCGCAGUACCUCGAGCAUAACUUGGAACUUCUCGGCGUUACCGGUGUCGAAGAUAAGCUGCAAAAGGACGUCAAGCCGUCUCUGGAACUUCUUCGCAACGCCGGCAUCAAAAUCUGGAUGCUCACCGGCGACAAGGUGGAAACCGCCCGCUGCGUCGCCGUGAGCUCCAAGCUCGUAGCCAGGGGUCAGUACAUCCACACGAUCGCCAAGCUCAGAAGAAAAGACGGCGCGCAAGACAACCUGGACCUGCUGCGGAGCAAGACCGAUUCCUGUCUGCUCAUUGACGGCGAGUCCCUGGCCAUGUACCUGACGCACUUCCGGCGCGAGUUCAUCUCGGUGGCGGUGCUCCUGCCGACCGUCGUGGCCUGCCGGUGCUCGCCUACCCAAAAGGCCGAGGUGGCCAAGCUGAUCAAGGAGUACACCAAGAAGCGCGUCUGCUGCAUCGGCGACGGCGGAAACGACGUUUCCAUGAUCCAGGCCGCGGACGUGGGCGUGGGUAUUGUGGGCAAGGAGGGUCGGCAGGCUAGUUUGGCGGCCGAUUUCUCGAUUGAGCAGUUUCACCAUCUGACCAAGCUCCUGGUGUGGCAUGGGAGGAAUAGCUAUAAGCGCAGCGCGAAGCUGGCGCAGUUUGUUAUCCAUCGUGGCUUGAUCAUUGCUGUUUGUCAGACCAUGUACAGUAUUGCUCUGAAGUUCGAGCCGGAGGGUCUUUACAAGGACUGGCUAAUGGUAGGCUACGCAACAGUCUACACCGCCAUGCCCGUGCUCUCUCUCGUCCUCGACAAAGACGUAGACGAAGACCUAGCCAACCUAUACCCGGAGCUCUACAAGGAAUUAACCUCAGGCAGCUCCCUGUCCUACCGCACCUUCUUCGUCUGGGUCUUUGUCUCCAUCUACCAGGGCUGCCUGAUCCAGGGCCUGUCGCAGGUUCUCACGGCCGUCGACGGCCCCCGCAUGUUGGCCGUCAGCUAUACCGUCCUCGUGCUCAACGAGUUGCUCAUGGUGGCGAUCGAGAUCACGACCUGGCAUUGGGUCAUGGUUGUCAGCAUUGUCGGGACAUUCUUGAUGUAUGUCGUGGGUUUCUUGUGGCGCGUCGCUGCUAUCGCUGCCAUCUCGCUCAUUCCGACGUAUGCGGCCAAGGUUAUCAGGAGGACGAUGAAACCGCCUUCGUAUAGGAAGGUUCAGGGGAUAUAA